CAUAUCACAGUUUGGACAGAAUUUUCGCUUCAAAUUAAAAAGUAGCCUUAUUUCAAACUAACCUAAUUCCUUGACAUGUAAAUCUUUUUAUCUUUAGCCGGGACAAAAGUACAGAUAUGAACUAUUGGAGUUUGAAUUAACGAGGAUUUCCUGUAUCAUUAAACUAUUUUUAAAUUAAUUUUGGAUGAUCCAUUUGGAAAGGAAGAAAUCUCUUAUUUGCUAUGCAAAGUUUAUAUAAUGAAACUUUUGUGCAAGAAUGAGUUCGACCCAAUCAAUAGAUCAUUCCUUGCAUAAUGCAGCUACAAUUAACGAAAGCAGACAUCACGAUACUCUUAAUGGCGUCGAAGAAACCGAGCAGGCUCAACUGUUUGAAACAUUACAAAAUAUUGUUUCGCUCGAUGCGAGUACUCUGCCACAGACCACCAUUUCUCAGCCAAUUAAUGCUAAUCUACUGCAGGCUUCGGCACCGAUCAGUCAUAUGUCAAUGACGAAUAUGUCAAUUCAAUCUUCUUUGCCGCCGUUUUCCGUGCCUACAAAUAACAACAUGGUGUCGACUUGGUUAAAUAACAAUUUGCUAAAAGUACAAUCUAGACCCAUAGCUUCUUCAGGGAUUCUUCCACCUGUUACGGAAUUACAUCCUGCAUUGCGCGCAGCUAGCAAUUUUAGAUUGUUAGAACUUAACCAGUCUUCAGUCAUCCCUUCUUGUCCGACGAGUAUACAGCCAGUUACUCAAAACAUUCUUCCAAUUUCUGAGAACAGUAAUAAUAUGAAUAAAAGUCCAGUUUCCAAUAAACCUCAUGCUUUCACAAUUGCAAACAAUGAUAAUAAUUCCCUUCAUCAUAUUUCAGUUUCAAAGGUGAAAUUACCAAAUAUACAACAACCAUUAGUUCAGCAGUCAUUACCUCUUAAUUCCUUACCUAAUAUCUCAGUUUCAAAUGGUAAUCAGCCAUUCGAAAUGCUAACAAAUAACUUAGUGACGUCGCAGUCGAUGGAACCGGAUAAUCUAAUGAAUUCUCUUGUAUCCACUUCAUCUGUCACAAAUUUAUUAUCGAAUAAUUUGAUGGGUUGUAGUCCAUCUUUAAUAAAGGCAUUUGGAUUGAAUGCACAAGAUGAAAAUCUAAAUUUAUCUGCAAAUACUUGUAAUAACGGCAUGUACGAUAACAUUGGUAAUCAAACAUUACAAACUUCGGUAGCAGAAAGUCAGUAUCAGAAACAAAUCGUUAAUCAUUCUAACCAACUUUCUAACGAUACUCAGACUUACUUCACAGAUCUUUCUACUCAAGCAUUAACAUUGUCUACUCCGAUAUUAACUUCUUCCGGUACCGCGUCAGAUAGGUUUGCGAAACAUUCACCUAAUUUAAAUGCAGACUCUUCCGAGGAUACCACUCUCUUGUCAUCCAUCGAAGAGACACGAUGCUUCAAAUGCAAGUUCUGUACAUUCAUUAGUCUUCACAAACAUCUAGUCAUAUCUCAUUUAAAAUCAUCUCAUCAUAAGAAUUUAGAAAUUUCGGAACCAUUAAAGAUUAGAAAUGAAGUGCCCAUAGAAGUGAGUAAGAUGCCAGACAAUAAUUUAGAACAAGGGAAUAUUUUAAUUGAGAGAGAGAAUGUAAAUUACAAUUCAGAAGCAACUAUAUCCUCAAAUUUGAUAAAUCAAAAGGAUAUAAAUAAUACUCCAGUUUCGGAAGAGACCGACAAUCGUUUUCUCUGCGGUAAAUGUCGUAAGGGUUUUUCGUCUCUCGAAGCAUGUCGCCAUCACAUGGUUUCGGAUCAUAGUGUGAAAUGGAAACGUGUCCGUCUAGAACGAAUAGUCAGCACUCAGAAUUCCGGAGUAAAUAAGUCAAAUGGAAACCAAAACGUAACUGUAAAUAAAUCGGGAGUUAUUCUUUUGGAGUUGAACAGUAAAGGAACAACGCCGACGACAAAAGCCAUAAAUCAAAAGUUUAAAAAGUCGAGAGAGAAUAAAAAUGAACCGGAAACCAAAUUAGUGAUUGCAAUGAAGAGACAGAGAGGAGAAGUAACUUCUCGUCAGAAAUCUUGGCAAAGAAAAUUAAAGAGAGAGUACGGAUCAUAUAUCUGCGAGUUUAAAGGUUGCAACAUAAGGUUUCGACAGUUAGACAAUUUAGAAUAUCAUUGUAAGUGCCACGUCGCCGGUUGUUCUGCAUUUAAUUGUCCCGAAUGCGGAAAUCGCUUCGAACAUUGGGGUAACAUUGCCGGACAUCUUUGGCGUCACCAUUCUGUAGAUUUAGAAUUACAUGCUUGUGAUCAGUGUUCUUUUCGUACUUACAGUUUAAGUAAAUUGGAAAAUCUUCAUAAGCGUAUUCAUCAAGAAGAGCGUCCAUACUUAUGUGAUACAUGUGGUAAAGGAUUUAAAACUAACAAACAGUUGCGUAAUCAUCAAGUUAUACACAUGGAAAAAACCCGUCAGGGCCAGUUUCGGAGCGGCGAAUGUCACAUCUGCCACAGACACUUCUCGGACAAGCGGAUGCUGAGACUCCACUUAGACACAGUGCAUAAUAAGAUCCGUCCAUUUCUCUGUAAUUACUGCGGUUACACGGCAUCCUGCAAGAGCACCCUGAAGAUGCACAUGAGACAACACACCGGGGAGAAACCGUUUUCCUGCGACAUGUGCGACUAUCGCACUUCGGACCACAACUCUCUUCGUCGACACAAGAUGAGACACUCGGGCGAGAAGCCGUAUAAGUGUCCGUACUGUACUUAUGCCUGCAUUCAGUCAAGCACUUACAAGACACACUUGAAAAACAAACACCCAGGUCGGGAUGACGGACUGAUGUUCUCGUGUUCCCUGUGUUCGUUUCGCACCAUCAAGCGGGACACUUACGUCACCCACAUGACAGGUCACCAGUCUGGAAACGGAAGGGAUUCCACCGUCUCCGUUGGUCCGAACACAACCGACGGUCACGUUGCAGAUUCCCGAACAGAGGGUUCCAUUCCCCUGGUGGAGGUCAUCGACAUCGGCAUGAUGAAUGGCACAGACGACCACCUGGGCCCUUCCCAGUUCGUGUUCGGCACUCUAGACUGAAGCACCUCUGCGGCAAUUAAGUAACCGAAGCCUUAAAUUUUUAUUAAAAUGCAAAAUGAAUGUUAUGACGAAAUUAAGACAGAAAACGGUAAGUGCGAUUUGGGGCAAACCCAAAACCGACAAAAAUUGCCAUUUUUCUAUUGAAAUUUUUUAUCGGACUGACCCGAAACGGUCUCGAGCCACAAAAAAAAAAAUAAAGGAUCGUACCGAUCAUUGUUAAAAUUUGCGCAUCGUCGGCGACGUUAAUAUUC